UAGUUUGAUUGAGUUUGACAACUAAACAAUCUUGCGAUUAGGUACGAGUGAAAAUACUUGAUAUUAUUUUUCUUUCUUGCAUUUUUAAAUAGAAAGCACAAUAACAAACUAUGACUAUAUAUAAUUUAUAUAUAUUCGAUCGAUAUGGCACAUUACUUUACUACGGAGAAUGGAAUAGAUCAAAACAAUCGGGGAUGUCGCGAGAGGAGGAAGGAAAAUUAAUGUAUGGCAUGCUGUUCUCAAUCAAAUCUUUUGUUGCCAAGAUAUCUCCACUGGACCCAAAAGAAGGUUUUAUGCACUACAAAACUUCCAAGUACACUUUGCACUGUCUUGAAACCCCCUCGGGAUUAAAGUUUGUUAUGAACACAGAUAAUCAAGCUCAAGGUGUCAGAGACUUAUUAAAAAAGAUCUAUGGAGAAAUAUAUGUUAAAUAUGCUGUGAGAAAUCCUAUGUGUGGCAUCGGCGAACCUAUUACUAGUGAAUUAUUUAAGAAUAAAUUAGAUGCUUUUAUCAAACAAUCACCAAUACAAUAUGCCCGGGCUUCCUGAUAACUUAUUCCUAAUUUUGUGAAUUGAAUGAAAGCUUCAGAGAUUAUCAAAUUGUAAUAUUAUUAUAUUAACUUAUGUUUAUGGAGCAUGCUAAGUAAAUAAUUGUAUUUAUAUUUUAAGUAUAAGAUAAAAAUAAAUGUAUAUUGUGGCUUA